AAACAGACAAAGAAGAACAAGCAGCAGGAGCUAGCGGCCGUGCUAAUGAACAGUUGGCUGGAUGUGGGCAGGUACUGCGUUCAGGUACCGGAAGGUGCAGUGCACUUCACUGGGUACGGAGCACACGCAAGAUUGGGGACAGUCGCCCCUCACCGGCAGCACAGCGGCCAACAGGAUCAACAACAACAACAACGCAGCCCCCCCUGGGAGCACACACCUCUGCAGAGAGAAGUGCCUUCUUGCUCGCCUGCCUGUGGUUCUGCACUCAAUCACCUGGGCUUCUGGGCCCGUCAGACUCACCAGCGCUGACAUCCCCGGCCAAGGACGCUGUGCACCGCACCCCUACCUCCGUCCUCCUUAUCCCAGCAUCCCCCCUCUUUGCUCCUCUGCAGAUAGAGCCUGAUGUUAAGGACCGACAGAUCCCAUCAGCUCCUGUGAGCGGGAAAGACGUGGCUGCUCCUUUGUCCCGCCACCACACCCUUCUCCUCCCCCCGAGCCCUGCGUCUUCCCAUCAUGGGCCGACGCAAUCAAUAAUGUUUUAGCAUCCUCUCGUCUGACACUUUAGAGGAGCAAGCUUGAUAGCGUUGCGGAGAUUAAACGGUGCAACAUCUGACCACUAAAGUCUUCCUGUUUGAGCCAAACCCUCCCUAAGGAUGAGCUACAGGUGGUAGACCCCCCCUCCAAGAGGCCUCCGAGGCUCCAACGGCGUCCUGACAAAGACGUUUAAAGUCCACCUUCUCCCAUGUCAUUGACUUAUUCAUCCUCAUUACGACACACAGGAGCGCUCAUACCCGCAUUCGCUGGAUAUACAUUACUCUUCAUCUGCCCCCCCCGGCUGCUCCUGCCGCUGCUGCUUCAAAAUGGCGGUGAACGUGGCACCCAUUCGGGACACAAAGUGGCUGACUUUGGAGGUUUGCCGGGAAUUCCAAAGAGGAACGUGUUCACGACCGGACAACGAGUGCAAGUUCGCUCACCCUGCCAAGAGCUGUCAAGUGGAGAACGGCCGAGUCAUCGCCUGUUUUGACUCGCUCAAGGGCCGCUGUUCAAGGGAGAACUGCAAAUACCUGCACCCCCCUCCCCACCUGAAGACCCAACUGGAGAUCAACGGAAGGAACAACCUCAUCCAGCAGAAGAACAUGGCCAUGCUGGCCCAACAGAUGCAGAUUGCUAACGCCAUGAUGCCUGGCACCCAGCUGCAGCCUGUGCCCAUGUUUUCAGUCACGCCCAGCCUUGCAACCAAUGCCAACGGUGGUGCCGCUGCAGCAUUUAACCCUUACCUUGGCCCGGUGUCACCCGGCCUGAUGCCUGCUGAGAUCCUGCCCAGUGCUCCAGUACUGCUCACCAGCAACACCAGCGUCCCGGUUCCGGUUGCCACUGCUGCUCAGAAGCUGAUGAGGACGGACAGGCUGGAGGUAUGUCGGGAAUACCAGCGGGGCAACUGCACUCGCGGCGAGAACGACUGCCGCUUCGCUCACCCGGCGGACAGCACCAUGAUCGACACCAAUGACAACACGGUGACGGUGUGCAUGGACUACAUUAAAGGUCGCUGCUCUCGGGAGAAGUGCAAGUACUUCCACCCUCCGGCUCACCUGCAGGCCAAAAUAAAAGCAGCCCAACAUCAAGUCAACCAGGCUGCGGCGGCCGCCGCCAUGGGGCUCCCUCCUGUCCUGCCCCCUUUACCAAAGAGACCUGCACUUGAAAAAGCCAACGGUGCCACCACCAUGUUCAACGCCGGCGUAUUCCAGUACCAACAGGCUCUGGCCAACAUGCAGUUCCAGCAGCAGGCUGCCUUCAUCCCUUCAGGCUCCAUAUUGUGCAUGACGCCUGCAACAAGUGUUGUACCCAUGAUGCACGGUGCUUCUCCAGCCACUGUGUCCGCAGCCACGACAUCUGCCACAAGUGUUCCCUUUGCAACUGCCUCAGCCAAUCAGAUUCCGAUAAUAUCUGCAGACCAUCUGACUAGUCACAAAUAUGUCACCCAGAUGUAGGAGCGUCGGUCAGAACAGUGGAACUGGAGAUCAAGACCAGUGGUUCAAGAAGCAAAAGAAGGAGAAAGAAACCUCAUGAAUCUCCACGUGAAGAGGACACGAGGCGGGUCUGCUCCAAUCCCUUUCACGUGCACUACAUGCACAUCGCAUACAUUUAACCUUUAUUCACCGGGCACACUUUGAAUGUCAACAUGAAGCGAAUCAGACGAGCAGAUCGCUGCGUACUGAACGUCACGGAGGAGAACGGAUGGCGUCUUUUUGCGUGUUUCUUCCUUAGUUGUUGUCUCUGGUGUGUUUACACGAAGGCGCACCUUACGUUUGAGUUGAAGAAGAGGCGACGAACAGGACUGUGUCACACACAUGCACGUAUGAAACGCGCGAGUGAGUAUGUUAUGAAUGCAGGCGGGAGUGGAGCGAUAGGCCAUACUUUGCUAAUACUUCAAUGGUUCUCUAUCAGCCGUCAUGCAAUCAGUUUCCCUUUAAUGCAGGGGUCGGGAACCUUUUUGGCUAAGAGAGCCAUGAAGGCCAGAUAUUUUAAAAUGUGUAUCUGUGAGAGCCAUAUACAUUUUGAAUGCAAUAAAAUGUGUGCAUUUUUAUGUAAGACCAACAGUUUUAGAUAUAAUGGGCUCUAAUUACAUAGACCAGGCACACUACCCCACGCCAAUGGGGUGUGGCCAGCAUACUUUCGUGAGCAGCGCAGUGUCCAAUAAUAAAUCAAAUACUUGCUGCCAUUAAUGCAACUUCUGCUGCUGCAUGGUUUUGAACCGUAUUCAGUACACAUAUUUCAUUCUUUUGGCCAUCUUCGUCAGAAGGCUUGGUUCUGCAGCUUUAGCUAUUUGACUAAAGGAGGAAAGUUUACAUUUACAUGUUUUUUUGACAUCUCAAUGACCGAGGUAGACUACCGCAUUACCCAGUAAUAAUCAAGUUUUGGUGUUUGACCUGGAAAAUAUCAUCAGGAAAGAUGGAUAUGGUCGGCCGUAUUGCAGUAGAAAAUAGAUGGACGAAUUAAAAUGCAAAUAAAAGAAAGUUUUGAUUUUUAAUAUUAUUUUUAACAGUGAUUUCUGUGAUGUUUACUUUAAAAUGUUAGCAAACAUACAUUUUUAUUGUGGUAAGAAAUGCUUGAGAGCCAGAUACAGUCAUCAAAAGAGCCCUACCUGGCUCCCGAGCCAUAGGUUCCCUACCUCUGCUUUAAUGCCUCGCCUCCAUCCUCUCAUCUUCCAUGUCGCUUUCCUAAGUUCCACACGGUUGCUCCAAGACUCCCCCUGGUGGUGAUAAUAAGUAAUGAGUUGCCAGUGUGUGUGUGUGUGUGUUUGGUUUCGGUCGGAUCGUCAGUGUAGAUUUCUUCUUCUUGUUGGAAUUAUUUAAGAACUUUUGUUUACCAGACUUUGGGGAUUUUCUUGUGGCUGGACUAGUUUUUGGGAGGGUCAUCAAGGAAAGCAUUUCAUGUGACGGUGGUAUUCCUCAUCAGAAGCCUUAGAAUGUACCGUCGGGUCAGCACAAUGCAACAUUUGAAACCAAGCGUUUGCCUGAUCCGCGCCAUCUCGACGCCUUUUCAUUUUCUUUGUACGAUGUUUCUCUUUCUUCUAGGCAGACUUUAGGUGUUCCCGUGUCUGUUUGCGUGGAAUUCCGUGUAUGUAUAUUUAGUUUGAGUAUGACGAUUGUAAGGUCAAUAUUUUCUACGUUAUGCAUAUUGACCAAUGCAUUAUUAUUAUUAUUAUUAUUAUUAUUAUUAUUAUUGUUCACUUAUCUAGUCUCUUUCUGUUCUUUGAGCAAAGACGUUUUAUAUAAGUGACGACAUAAUAAUAGAACAGAGAGGCAGGGUUGUCGCCAUGGCAACCGGGUAGUAUUUUAACUGAUUGUAAGGUUUGUAAUUAGUCAUAUAAUUUAAAAAGAAAAAAAAAGACUAUUAAAAAAUAUAUUGUUCUUGCGUGUUUAGAGUACAAAUGUUAUUUUCUACUGUAUCCAUUUCAAAUAAUAAUAAUAAUAAUUACUGUUUGGAUAUUUUUACUCCUUGGAAAAAUGGGCCAUGUUGGAAAACAAGCUGCAUAUUUGAUCUCUCUGUUUUUGUAAUUUUGUCUGGUGCAUACCUGUCAACUCUCCUUAUUUCCCGUAUUGUUCCCGUUAUUUAACUGUCAUGAAAAACAAAACAAAAAAAAUCCAAAGCAAAACUUCUGGUCCGUUGGGCAACACUCCUCCCGGUAAGGUCAGGUCAUCAAAAUAAAAGUAGAAUAACACGAUGGCGUUGCGUUCGGGUCGUUUCACCAGUCCGAUAUUUUCACUGUGCUGUGUAGAAUUGUGGCGGAAAGACCGCAAUUUUUCUUAUUUCCCUCAUUCUCCAGAAAAUGUCCAUUAUUUCCAAAUGCAAAUGUUGACAGGUAUUGUGCGGCGUUGCCCCCGGCGGUGUCACGUGACAGGAAGCCCACUCGAGGACAGGAUGGGGCAAUGAAAGCUUGACUUUUUGCACUUCUGUACAUAGUCGGGAAACAAAAAGAGACGUGUAUAUUGAGAUCUUAUUUUGAAUAUAAAAAAAAAUAUGUCUGUAAUGACAGAGUGUUUUGCUAGGAUAAUAAAAACAAUCUUAUGAAAGGCUGAACAAACAUUUAAAAAAAAAAAAAAAACGCUUACGUCAAAAAGGGUGCUGAAGAUUUGUCAUUCUCUAACCCCGCCCCCUUUCAGGACAGUCCAGUAGACCCUUUUUAUGGUGACCACACUUCAGCUUUAUAUAAUAAAAUUCAGACGCUAAAGUACGGUAGUAUGUAUGGUAGUAAGCAGGAAGUCCCUGUGUGAAAAAGUGAUUGCCCCCCUGGGCCGCCCUGAGCAGCAACAACUGCAAUCAAGUGUUAAUGAUAACUUGCAAUGAGUCUCUUACUGCACUGCGGGGGAAUUUAGCAGAAUUGUUGUCAUUCAGCCAAAAUUGGCGGCUUUUCCAGCAUGAAGCCUUUUUAAGGUCAUGCCACAGCAUCUCAAUAGGAUUCAGGUCAGGACUUGGACUAGGCCACUCCAAAGUCUUCAUUUGGUUUUUCUUCAGCCAUUCAGAGGUGGACUUGCUGGUGUGUUUUGGAUCAUUGUCCUGCUGUACAACCCAAGUUGCUUUCAGCCUACAGAUGGUAGAACAUUCUCCUUCAGCAGAAUUCAUGAAGCCAGACCAUCACACUACCACCACCAUAUUUUACUGUUAUGAUGUUCUUUUUGUGAAAUGUGGCAUUACUUUUACGCCACAAGUAAUGGGACACACACCUUCCAAAAAAGUGAACUUUUGUCUGGUCAGACCACAGUAUUUUCCUAAAGAUCUUGAGGACCAUCAAGAUGUUUUCUGGCCACAUUGAGACAAGACUGAAGAAAAAAAAAAAUUUUUUUUUUGUUCAGCAGUGGUUUUGGUCUUGGAACUCUGCCAUGUGGGCUGUUUUUUGCCCUGUGUCGUACUUAUAGUGGAGUCAUGAACACGGACCUUAACUGAGGCCUGCAGUUCUUUGAAUGUUGUUGUGGGGUCUUUUGUGACUUCUGGGGUGAGUCGUCAUUGAGUUCUUGAGGUCAUUUUGGUUGGCCUACCACUCUUGGGAAGGUUCACCACUUUCAACAUUUGCGGAUAAUGGCUCUGACUGUGGUUUGCUGGAGUCCCAAAGGUUCAGAAAUGACCUUUUCAUAUUGAUAGAUCUCAAUUAAUUUAUUGUGUUUUUCCAAUCACUUUUUCCAACAGGGCCAUGUAGGUUAAUGGAAAAAAAAUUAUCCCUUAAAAUCAUAAAAAUUUUUGGAUUUGAUUGUGGACUGUGCUUCUGUUUUCUGUGGUAACUUUUCUGUCACCUCCUGCAGGGGCCCCUUGCAGCGUCUCCACAUAGCCAGCUACCGUUUGACGCCCUUGCACAACAAACAUAAAUUGAUGAAGCUCUGUUAAGAAUGGCAAAACAAUUAACGACAACAUGAACAGUCCAGUUGCGAGUGGUUCAAUUCCCUGAGUAGGAUAACUCUGAGAUGUAUUUAAAAUUGUUGAUAAAUAUCAUCAUAUGCGACCUUGAAAGGUCACAAUUCUUACUUGAGACAUGAACACACAUCUUUCACGUUUGUGUUUUCUAAAGAUAUACAAACAGCUAAAAAGAGUCCCCUUCAUUCAUUAGCUGCCUAUUUUUAUCUGUUUUUAUAUCUUUAGAACAGACAACAAAGGGUGUGUUUAAUGUCUCACAGGAAUUUUCUGGAUGGUGGGCAUCAUUACCCCCCAAAAGUCCACUUUUCCUUGAAGUGAUCCAAGUGAUCUAAUGUCACCACAAAAAGGGUCUAUUAUCGCUCCUUCCUACUUGUUUUAAUUUGUCAGCAGCUCGUAGUUUGCCCGGUAACCGUCUGGAAGAGGGGGGGCCACUCCCCCCACUUUGCCGUCAGGCCGAAAAACAACACAACACAGCACAUACGUACCGUCUCUUUAACACGGGGACACAUGCAUGUUAAAGGAAACACAUAAGUAAAAAAAAAAAAAACACUCAGUACUAAGACUAAGAAAACAUGUUACAAAGAAAGAUGUAUUUAAAUCAUUCAUACGAUAUCAACAUGUAAUGGAAUAAGAUAUUUAUACAAAAAAUAGAAUAGUGGUUUAUUUAAAAAUAAAAUUUAAAAAAAUCCUGAGACUACAGUAUAGUCGCCACUUGGAGACCAUAGCGCUUACGUAUGUUCUUCACCUUCAUGUAAGCUGUGCUUCGAAAAGAUUAAAUCAACAACCGUUUUUUGGGUUUUUUGUUUUUUUUUUUUUUUUGGUUUGUAUGUUUUUUGUGGUUUGGUCAGCAACCACAUCAACUUGGUGGUCAUCAACUGCUGCAAGCACGCAUGCUUAGAUAGAAUCAUUUGUUUUGUUUUCUCUGCUAGUAGUGCUAAUAUGAUGUAUUCUGUCCUCUUGUUUCUGCGUGUUUUACUGCGGCGGGCCCCCCAUCCCCCCCCCCCCCCCGCCCCUCUCUGCCUCCCUCACGCAGAAGGGAGAAUGUGUCAGUCAAGAGACUAAACGUUUAGCUAGUCUAAAGCCAUAAAAUGUCCAAUCAGACUGCAGACUGGAGUUGGGAUUUGACACAUUUGUUUGUUUUUUUUUCCCUCCCGAGGGGCCUGCAUUGCUAUAUUUGAUUCUUGCUGUUAUGGAUUUGAAAAAAAAUGUAAUAAAAAAAUACAAAGCAAUGACUUCAAUUGUGGUAUUUUUUUUUUUAAAAGGCAUUACAACUAAAGAUUUUUGGGUUUUGUUUUUAUGUGGGCGGCACGGUGGUCUAGGGGUUAGCGCGCAGACCUCA